AUGGUCGAGUCCGUUGCCAUCGAGAAAGUCGUACUAGCAGGCAAAGGUAGACUUGGGUCUGUUGUGCUCGGAGAACUGCUAAAAGCUGGAUUCCACGUGAAAGUUAUCACUCGGUCUACAGCGUCGCUUAAAGUUCUACCAGACGGGGUAGCAGUAUCCGAAGUAGACUACAAUUCUCUCGAGUCCCUUCAACAUGCUAUACAGGGUUACGACGCAGUUGUCUCCACCGUGUCCGGAACAGCAGUACCUAUUCAGAAGCCUUUGAUCGAUGCAUGCAUCGCAACUGGUAUCAAGCAUUUCAUCCCGGCAGACUACGCGGUGAGCAUUAAAUCAGAGAACGGACCGAAGUUGCGAUCCCUGCCGCCUUAUGUGACUGUCAACGAGAUUAAAGAAUAUCUCGACGAAAGAUCCGACAAGCUGCCGUGGACUAUAGUUUCACCUGGUGGAUUCCUGGAGUACAUCUUUGAUAUACCGUUCGUUGUUGAUUUCAAGAAUCGAAAGAUGGAUAUGAUCAAUGACGGAGAAAUUGCCAUGAGUACCUCGUCCUUUCUUACUACGGCGAAAGCUAUUGCGCGAGUCUUCAAAGAGCCGAAGCGGGUGGUUGGUCGUUGUGUGCAGGUUCACGAUACAAUCAUUACCCAAAAGAAGAUUUUUAAUCUUAUCAUGAAUUGUGAGCCACAUCCUGAAGCGUGGACUGUUGUCCAGCAGGAAAGUGUUCAUAGGAUGACGGAAGGUGCGAAGAGGGUGAAAGCGGGGGAUUUCAGUAUGGAAGCGAUUAGCUUUCUUAUGGCGGGUGCGUAUUUUGAUUCUAAAUAUCAGCUUCACUAUGUGGAGAAUGAUAAUGAAUGGCUUGGGAUUGAGAUGUCGUCUCAAGACACGCUGGAGGAAUUGGUGAAAAGGAAGACAAUUGAUGGUAUCAGUGGUAUUGCUAGUGAGCAGAUUGUUGAUCAUGCAUGA